GGUAUAGUUCAUUUGACAGCAUCCUAUCCAGCAGGAAAAGUAUAUCAAGGUUGUCACUCCAACCCGCUUGCUCUAUCAACUAGACAUACAUAGCCCCACUUAUCCCUUGGUCUUACCGCUGAGGCGUUCCACCUGAACACGAACGAUCGCAGUUGUCGCAAACUGAACACCUGCACAAUAACUCUCAAGGCGCGCAUCUCUAAGCUUUUGGCUCAGCUUAGCGACCAGCGAUACAGGUCUGAGGAGCGACUACACUACAGAAGGCAGCCUGAGCUCAUUCCGAACCUUCAAGAACGUUCAACACAGCGACCCCUAUCAACAAAUUUGGCGAACCCGAAAUACCCAAGCGCAACUCUCUCCAUCAAGAUGGGUAACGAUGGUGGCUCAAUCCCCAAACGCCGCGAGCUCGUCAAAGAAGCAGCCCGACUCCCCUCAGCGUCCGAACUCAAAGAAGCAGCCGCGGAAAACUUGAACCACUCCUGGUCCUUCUGUCCCUUAUCCUCGAGUGCCAUAGAUCCCACCAACACGGUUUCCGACUGGCGCGGCCGACUGUACAACUACGAAUCUAUCCUGCAAUGGCUCCUUCCCUCACCCGAAACUUCGAUACCCGAGACGCAAGAGGAGGCGUUCAAAAGCACUGGAAUUAGAAAUCUGAAGGAUGUGUUGAAGCUCAAGUUCACAAUUAGGAAGGACGAGAAGGGCCGUGAGUUCAGGGCGUGUCCAAUUAGCCUGAAGGAAUUGGGCGCGGCGACGAAAGCACUCUACAUCGUGCCGUGCGGCCAUGUGUUUGCCGAGGUGGCAAUGAAGGAAAUCUUCGAUUCCGAGGGGACUGAGGCCGAACAUAGAUGCCCGGAGUGUAGCGAAGUGUUCGAGACGGAGAAUGUGAUCCCUAUUCUGCCUUCCUCCGAAUCCGAGAUCGCCAGACUCGCGUCACGGCUCGAGAGUUUGAAGGCAAGGGGGUUGUCGCAUACCCUGAAAAAGGACAAAAGCAAUGGGAAGAAGAAACGCAAGGCCGAGGAGGGCGCGAAUGGCGACAUACAGAAUAGCAACAAGAAAGAGAAGAAAGACAAGGAGAGUGGCAUCGAGAGUCGGAUCAACAAUGCAAGCACGGCCUCUCUGACGGCCAAGGUACUCGCGGAACAAGAGGAGAAGAGCAAAAGAAGGAAGAUAGCCGAAGGGCAUAAACGGAGUGAGGCUGUCAGGUGAGUAAAGAGCAACAUUACUCAGCGUAAUAAGAGCAACACUAGAAGCAUUAUGCGACAUAGGAGAGAAAUUGGAGAAACUUGCCAUAUAUAUUUAGCUAGCUGCCGUAGCUUAGCAACGGUCAAUUAAUCAGG